AUGAUCUCGACCGGCGCCAAAAGACAGCCAGGGUCCCAGGAAGGGGCAACCGUGGGGUCAUCCCAGGUCGUGGAGAACCCUGAGUGUCCAGUGAUGGAAGACAAGCGCCUGGUGCCAGCACAGGAUGCCAGCAGGACCCCGAGUGAAAUCAAGUGUUCAUCAGAGCACAGCUGUGAAUCAGAGCUCCAGGAGGAAGGUCUCAAGACUGAGGAAGAGGGGCUUGGUCCAAAGGCGGAACCAGGAGAGGAGAGAGGCCCCAGGCCUUUGGCUUCCACCCCCAGGCCCAGCCAUGGGCCCAAGAGGAAACCCUUCAAGGUUGAAGCUGAACUGUCACCGGGGCUGCAGAAGGAGGAACAGGAGAGCAGCCAGAGGGAGCCCUCACCAUCAGCCAAACAGCACAAAAAAGCCAAGAAACGCAAGAGUCUGGGGGCUCCUGUACUCCCGGUUACAGCUAACACAGCAUCUGCACCCCCAGAGACCUUGGGGUUAGAGCCCUUUGCUCUGCCACGGGUUCUUACAGGAAAGGCCCAGCGCCUGCGACCCCUGUACCAGUACAUCAAUUACUGCAACCCUGAGCUGAACCAGGCAGGGGAGGGAGAUGGGGAGACUGAAGUGGAGCCCGAGUCGGAGUUGGCCUUGGUUCCUGAGGAGGCAGGUGUGGAGCAGCUUCAGGCCUUGCUGCCCAUGGCAGGUGAGCUGGGCUUAGGCCUUGCUUUGCCUUCCUGCCCCAAUGUGUUAGUGCCCCCUACUCAUGCUCUUGUUCCCCCCCUGGUACCUCCCCUGGGAGAAAAGACUGGAGGAGAGGAGCCUGGGGUUCUGUCCAGCCUGAGGGUGAGUGGCAGCCUCAAAGCUGAGAUGGAUAAGUUAACCCAGGUGGACAUUGACAAGAUGCUGAGUGUCUGCGCUGCCCCCCUUGUUCCCCCACUCUCCCCUCAGUACAAGUGA